AUGGCAAAACUAAAAUCUUUAACUUAUGAAGUAUUUGGAACGGUUCAAGGUGUAUUUUUUAGGAAAUAUACAGUGAACAAAGCAGUAGAAUUAAAUCUUGUUGGAUGGGUCAAAAAUACCGAAAAAGGAACCGUUCAGGGUAUAGCGCAGGGCGAAGACACUGAAAUUGAGGUUUUCAAAAAAUGGUUGCAAUACGAAGGAUCUCCGUUUUCGAAAAUUCUAAAAGUUGAAUUUGAGGAAGCUGAUAUUAAAGCCGCCGAAUUUAAGGAAUAUUCUACUGAUUGGAAACCGAAAAAUCCUUAA